GAUUUUGAGGUUAUCUUUUUGAAGUUUCGAAUAUUUCAAUUCGGUAUCGAGGUUUUUAAUUUUUCUUAUUUGUCUAACUACAAUUAAAAAUGGCUAUAAGCGCAAUAUUGCGCCGUACUAUAGUCAAUGGAACUUUAUAUUCAGCGGCGGCACUUCGUUUUGCUUCAACCCAACCAGAGAAGAAAGUGUUCUUCGAUGUCUCCGCAGAUGGAGAGCCUCUUGGUCGCAUUGUGAUGAAAUUAAACACUGAAGUAGUUCCAAAAACUGCUGAAAAUUUUAGAGCAUUGUGCACAGGCGAGAAAGGUUUUGGAUACAAGGGUUCCUCAUUUCACAGAAUCAUCCCGAAUUUCAUGUGUCAAGGAGGAGAUUUUACGAAUCACAAUGGCACUGGAGGUAAAUCUAUUUAUGGUCGCACAUUCCAAGAUGAAAACUUUAAGUUAAAGCAUACCGGCCCAGGUAUUUUAUCCAUGGCUAACGCAGGCCCCAACACCAAUGGCUCCCAGUUCUUUAUUACGACUGCAGCAACUCCAUGGUUAGACAAAAGACACGUCGUGUUUGGAGAAGUUGUGGAUGGUAUGGAAGUCGUGACGAAAAUGGAAGGUUUGGGGUCCAAGAGUGGCAAACCCUCUAAAAAAGUUGUGAUUUCAGAAUGUGGUGAGUUAGAUUAAAGUGUAAUUUUAUAAAGUAUCUAAAAAGUUGUUGAGUAGUUUGUAGUUGUACUAUGUAUGGUAAAUAUAUUAAGUAAAUAAAAUUAUUAGAUUUGUA